AUGCGUGAAGUAAUAUCAAUUCAUAUUGGCCAAGCUGGUGUUCAAAUCGGAAAUUCUUGUUGGGAAUUAUAUUGUUUGGAACAUGGAAUACUUCCUGAUGGAGAGAUUCUUGAAAAUGAAGAGAAGACAAAUUCGAUGAGCACAUUUUUUAGUGAAUCGAGUCAGGGAAAAUAUGUUCCACGAUCGAUUUUUGUUGAUUUGGAACCGACUGUUGUUGGUGAGUUUUUUUUUGAAAGAGGAAAGGGAAAUUUUUGGCGCCGAAAUUAAAGGUAAAAAUUUUCAGAUGAAAUUCGAACAGGAGUCUACAAAAAACUCUUCCACCCUGAACAAAUGUUGACUGGAAAAGAAGAUGCUGCAAAUAAUUAUGCUCGUGGACAUUACACAGUUGGAAAAGAAAUAAUUGAUGUGACAAUCGAUCGAAUUCGUCGAAUCACAGAUAAUUGUGAAUCACUUCAAGGAUUCUUCAUUUUCCAUUCAUUCGGAGGUGGAACUGGAAGUGGAUUCACUUCACUUUUAAUGGAAAAAUUGUCUGAAAAUUAUGGGAAGAAGAGUAAACUCGAGUUCUCGAUAUAUCCAGCGCCCCAUAUUUCAACUAGUGUUGUCGAACCUUAUAAUUCCAUUUUGACAACUCAUACACACCUCGGCCAAUCCGUGGCUGGCCAGAGUACAAUUUUUUGA